GGAAGCAGAUGCAGCAGUUUCAUUUAUGAGAACAAAAUGACCAUAAAAAGCUUGUUUGGAUUCUCAGUCACCCCAGAGAAUUUGACUCCUACUCCGGUGUUUAUCUACAUCUGCAUUACUGUUGUCUCCUUGCCCAUUCUUCUUGUUGUCAUUGUCACAUACAAGUGUAAACAAAAGAAAAACAGAGGGAGCAAACAUGAAAAUAAGACAGCUGAGAGGAAUUCAACUGAAGCUUUGAGCUCAGGAGAAACAGAAAAUGACAACAAGCAUUCCGAAGUCAGAAAAGCUCAGAGUCAGAAGGAUGAAGAGCACGAGAAGCAGGAAGUUGAGAAGAAGAUGAAGGCAGAGACUCUGAAGGCAAAUGAGAUCGAGGGGAAUGAGUCUGAGACUCAGAGUCAAGAUGUAAAAGCUGAAGUCCGGAUGGUCGAGGAUCAGAAUGAAGGGAAUGAAAACCUGCAGACACCAAACAAAGAUCUGAAGACCGACAAUGCUGAGCUGCAGCUGUCAAAGUCAGAUGAGGUUUUAAAGAAGACCAAACCUGAACCAGAGAAGCAGAGUGUGGAGAUCAGUACACCAAAGGAGGAGUUGGAGAAAAAUGAGGAGAUGACACCUGACAUGCUGAAGGAAAAGCAGAAGACUUCUUCACUGAAGCUCGACCUUGCUGUCACCAGGAUAAAUAAACUGGAAGACACAGUUGAUCAGUUUUUUAGUGGUAAAAAUCAGUCGAUGGAAACCGAGCUGGAUAACCUGAAGAGAAUGCUGCAGGCCAAAGAAAAAGAGCUGGAGACAUUUAAAUGGCUGAGAAAUUACCUCAUUAAUGAAAUCCCUGAGUCUUUUUCACAACUAAAGUUUGAGCUCGCCAUCAGCAGGAUGCAGAAGCUGGAGGACAAAGUAGAAGAACUACUUCAUGGUAAAGAUCAGUCAAAUGACAAAGACUUGCAGAUCCUGAAGUGGAAGCUUGAAGCCAAAGAAAAAGAAGCUGCAGCCCUGAAGCUCAGUGAUGAACACCAGACUGAGGAAGGAGAUGAGAAGAACCUGCAGACUCUGGAGAAUAACUCACCAAACCAUGUUGUGGAUGAAGAAGUAGCUGUAGCACAGCAGCAGCUGCAGGGUGAGGAGCAGCGCAGGGGGAGUGAUGAGUUGGAGAAAAAUGAGGAGAUGACACCUGACAUGCUUAAGAAAAAGCAGAAGACUUCAUCACUGAAGCUCGACCUUGCUGUCACCAGGAUAAAUAAACUGGAAGACACAGUUGAUCAGUUUUUCAGUGGUAAAAAUCAGUCGAUGGAAACCGAGCUGGAUAACCUGAAGAGGACGCUGCAGGCCAAAGAAAAAGAGCUGGAGACAUUUAAAUGGCUGAGAAAUUACCUCAUUAAUGAAAUCCCCGAGUCUUUUUCACAACUAAAGUUUGAGCUCGCCAUCAGCAAGGUGCAGAAGCUGGAGGACAAAGUAGAAGAACUACUUCAUGGUAAAGAUCAGUCAAAUGAGAAAGACUUCCAGAUCCUGAAGUGGAAGCUUGAGGCCAAAGAAAAAGAAGCUGCAGCCCUGAAGCUCAGUGAUGAACACCAGACUGAGGAAGGAGAUGAGAAGAACCUGCAGACACUGGAGAAUAACUCACCAAACCAUGUUGUGGAUGAGGAAGUAGCUGUAGCACAGCAGCAGCUGCAGGGUGAGGAGCAGCACAGGGGGAAUGAUGAGUUGGAUAAAACUGAGGUGAUGACACCUGACACACUUAAAGAAAAGCAGGAGGCCUCUUCACAGCUGAACCUCGGCCUUGCUGUCACCACGAGGAACAAAGUGAAUGAGGAAGUAGCUACAGCACAGCAGCAGCUGCAGCGUGAGGAGCAGAGGGAGGUGGAUGUUAAAGUGAAGAAAAGGCUGGAGAGGAAGAAGAAGUUUAACGACAUACUGGCCAGGUUUGAGCAGAAGCUCCAGGGUGCAGGGCAGCAGAGCAGGAAGGACACUGAGGAAGAUCUUCUGGACAGAAAAUCUUCUCUCUCCUGUGACCCUGAUGAUUCACUGAAAGUCAUUGAAAAGAUGGAUGCAGAGUUGAAAAUGAGAGAUAAUGAUGUGCAGACGUUGAAGAAAGAGCUGAAAACCAACAAAAAACAGAUCCGUCAGCCAUCAGCUGAUCAUGAGGACACAAGUCAGACUAUUGAUGAGCUGAAGCAAACCCAAAAUCUGUUGGAGGAGAAGAAUGCAGAGAUCAGGAAGAUCAGGAAAAAGUUUGAGAACGAACUCAAUGAGGAGAAGCGGAGACAUAACGAAGACCUGAAUUCCCUGAAGAAGGAGCUUGAGGUCAAAAUCAAGAAGCUUGAAGACAAGGUAAGUGAAGUCCAGCAGCAGCUGAAGGAUGAACAGCAGAGCAGAGAGGAAGCUGAGAAGACUGUGCAGACUCUGAUGAAUGAAUUGGAAAAUAAGAACAAAGAGCUACAAGAGUCCAAGUGUCAGUUUGAGUCUCUCAAGGAGCAAACCAGAAGACAAACAGUUGAGUGAACUGAAAGAAAGACACAAGGAGGAGCUGCAGAAAACCAAAGAAGAAGCUGAGGAGGCCAUGAAAGAAUGUGACAUUGCUGGAGAUGAACAUCUGGUGCCAACAAAGCCGGGCCAAGCACUGGACAAUGUCUAAAGUACUGAUACAAAUAAUGAUGUCAUGGGCCAGAAAGGUUCCCCUGAAUUUUAUUUAACUCUUUAAUGCCUAGUGCAUCAUGUUUCAUGCAUACAGUUUUUUGCCAGCUUUUGGGACUUCAACAUCAUCGGUGUUAAAGUCCGAAAAACAUAAAUAAAUGGUACAAUACACUUUUUAUGCAAUUAAAAAAAACAGAUAAGCAAAUAUGAUACAAAUUAAAUAUCAUAUGUGGAAAAUGAAAUGUGAAUUAUUUAAACAAUUCCAAAAAAAAUUAACAAAAGGAGGUAAAGUAAACACUAUUUAAAAAAAUAAAUAGUGUUACCUUGGUGUCCUCUCUACAGGAAAGGGCAGAGAAGGCAAGGACACUAGAAACAAAAUUGUAGACCUGCACCAGGCUGUGAAGACUGAAUCUGCAAUAGAUAAGCAGCUUGGUUUGAAGAAACUGUGCUCGACUGUUUCUGUACAGUCUGAGAUUACUGGGGGAGGAACUUUGUUUCCUAAUGUUUGUGUAUAACAACAAAGGGGCUUAAGACAUGAUGGUUGUUAAAAACAUGCAAAAAGAAAGACAAAAUGAAAAAAUAAAAAUAACAUAAACAAAA